CCAGAAACUGUUUUGCUGUCGAGAAGGAGAAGGGAGAAGAUAAUAAUGGCUCCGAAGUUGAGGACAAAAGGAGCGGAGAAACUGAAGGAAGAAGGUAACAUUUACUUCCAGAAAUGUAGAUACGCAGCCGCCAUUCACGCUUAUACAGAGGCAAUUGUUUUGUGCCCUAAUGUUCCUGUUUACUGGACGAACCGUGCCUUAUGUCAUCGGAAGCAGAAUGACUGGAUGAAAGUUGAGGAGGAUUGCAGGAGAGCCAUCCAACUUGAUCAUGCUUCUGUGAAGGGACAUUACAUGCUAGGACUUGCAUUGCUACAGACGCAGCAGUAUGCUGAAGGAAUCAAGAAAUUGGAAAAGGCUCUAGAGUUAGGGACGGGUGGAAAUCCUACAAGCUAUAUUGUCGAGGAGAUAAGAAAGGAGCUUUCGAAAGCGAAAUACCUUGAAUGGGAGCACGAAUCUGCCAACCGUUUGUGGGAGCUGCAAACCUUAAAAGAAUGCUGUGAAUUGGCUCUUAAGGAGAGAUACUUGCGAGAAGAUAAUGCUUUUGGAAAAGCUGAAAAGGAACAGCUGGAGGCUCUAGGAAAAGUAUUCAAUGGUGCAGCCAAAGUCGACAUGCCCACAGAGGUGCCAGAUUACCUAUGUUGCAAAAUAACGCUAGAACUAUUUCGCGAUCCUGUUAUAAGUCCAAGUGGAGUUACAUAUGAGAGGGAUAUCAUCCUUGACCAUCUUCAAAAGGUGGGUAUGUUUGAUCCCAUGACAAGGGAACCGCUGAGUGAGUACCAGUUGGUCUCAAAUUUAGCCAUAAAAGAAGCUGUUGAAGCAUUUCUAGACAAGCACCCCUGGGCGUAUAGGUUCUCAUGAAUCAUGAUCAUCAAUUGAAGAUUUCAAUAAUAUGAAGAACAAUUCGAUCAUUGUUUUUGUUGUGUGAUUCAAUAUAGAAAAAACAGUAUUGCAAAAUAAUGCUUUUGUUCAAUGAAAUCAUCUUCUUUCUUUCUCUU